AUGAGAUUAGCCGCGUAUGCUGGGGCCUCGGUGGUCCUGGCCACUGGUGUUUUUCUUAAGGCUCUUCAUCAGAGGUCCAAUUUCUACUCGGCAUGCGUCUAUCUCUCUCAAAGUAGUGCGAAUCUUAUGAUUCUCACGAACCUAUGUCUUCUCGUCACCGGUUUUCUUCUAUUCUGGCUCCAGCGUCUUCUAUAUGGGCCUUUACGGCCAAUCGAGACCGAACAACUAUACGAACGCGCCUGGUUCGCCGUCACUGAGACUUGUUUAGCCAUGACCAUCUUCCGGGGAGAACUCGGAGGUUGGUUUUUGGUCAUGUUUAUCUCGCUGCUGGUCGGCAAAGUAUGGGGCUGGAUUGGCGAAGGUCGUGUCGAGUUUUUGGAGCAACAACCCCCGGCUAACCCGAAGUUGUUCCAUAUCCGUCUUGCGGCCUCCCUGAUGCUGACAGUGUUUUUCGACACCUUCAUGUUGCGAUACUGCGUGCAAACUGUGAUAACACAGGCGCGCCCGGAUAUGAUGGUGAUGUUUGGGUUUGAGUUCGCCAUCUUGGCGAUUUUGUCGACUUCCACCCUUUUACGAUACGUCAUCGCGUUGACCGAGAUAUCCAUCACCCAUCAGCAAGUGAAGGCACGAGUGGAGGAGCGUAGGGCCGAAAUCCGCGUCGCGCGGGUUGCAGCCAUUCAAGAGUCUGCCCGCGCAGGCGCCUCCACUCCUCCUGCUGAUCUCCCUGAUGAAAAUGACGUGAAUGAAUUGGAGAUUGACGUGCCAGGGUGGGAAGAGAAAGGUCGCUGGGUCUUUUACUUGGAUCUUUUGACCGACUUGUUGAAGCUCAUCAUCUACUUGAGCUUCUUUGGCAUUUUGCUUACUUUCUAUGGACUGCCCAUUCACAUCCUGCGGGAUGUUGUGGUGACGAUCCGUUCAUUUGCUCGUCGCAUAAUGGAUUUCAUGCGUUAUCGAAAUGCAACUAGAGACAUGAACGAAAGGUACCCAGAUGCUACGGCAGAGGAAGUUUCCCGAGAAGAUGUUUGUAUCAUCUGCCGAGAGGAAAUGACCCCAAUUCAGCCAGCACAGCCCGCAGCUGGCGCUGCUGCUGACCCAGCUGCCCCACCAGUCGCUGGAGCUCAACGUGUUCCUGAGCGUCUGCGGCCAAAGAAGCUUCCGUGCGGUCACAUUCUGCACUUUGCAUGCCUUCGAAGCUGGCUCGAGAGACAACAGAAUUGCCCGACCUGCCGACGUCCUGUCAUCGCUUCCUCGCGAACUGCAGGAGCUGCCGGAGCUGCUGGUAAUAACGCGCCUGGCCAACAAAACGGCGCCAACCAACCAGGUCAGCAAGGCGCAGAUGGACAACCUCGCGCUCGAGUCUACCAGUUUGGACCGUUCCGAGUCGGCUUCGGGGCUGUCCGUGGGGACCUCUUCAAUAAUAUCCACAGACAAAAUCCUCAAGGCAAUGUGCCGCAGCCUGUAGCAAAUCCGCAAGCGAAUGUACCUGCCGGGCAGAUUGGGUUUGGAUUUGGGUUUGGGCGCCAACCUCAAGCCCCCACCCCCAACCCCACUCCCCCACAUGCCACGGCCCCAGGGCUGUCCACUGCUUCCGAUAUCAGCACUCAGUUGCUCCAGAUUGAGCAAAGGCUGUCCCAUGAAAUCCAAACCCUGCGGCUCGCCACAGAACAAUUGAAUCAUUUGCGUCAAUUGCAGGCGGAACUGGAUCGGUUGCGCCAUACACCAAUCCCUAUUCAUCAAGAAACCCCAAUUGGUCAACCAGGUCCAUUGCCUAAUAUUCAAUCACCAACUCCAGGCCCAGGAGCCUCGGUCUACACAGCGCGUCACCAGUUUGGUGCAAACCCGAGCACUUCUAUCUUGUCUUCCGGGGACUCGCGAUUACCUGAAGGUCUCACUCUUCCUCCUGGUUGGACUCUGCUUCCUCUUCAGCGCGUAGAUAAUGGUGCCGGUGUGGCACAAACUAUACAGCCUACCCCAACCACCACGGAUACCACCUCUGCUGCGCCAGCUGCAAACAACGCUGCCUCUCCCCCGAUCAUCGCAGUCCCUGUCCCUCCCCAGGAUCAAGCGGGCGGGAGCGCGGUCAAUACGCAAGACGCCACCGAAACAUCCACAAGCGAUGCAACCUCCGGGUCAAACCUGCAGUCCACCCCAACCGCCCCCACGCCAGAGCACCGCGCAGACUCACUCUCCCAAGAAUGGACAGAUCUUGCCCCCAGAGGGCCAUCCGAGGCUUUGCCCACAUCCAUCCCCACAAGCUGGGGCACCAAUAGAGAAACCUCAAAGGAAGUACAAGCUUCGACAGAUGAACGCUCCGAGGCCUCAUCCAAGGGCAAAGGCCGAGCCGUCACGGUCGAAGAAACGGAUGAAGAAGCGUCCUGA